UCUCAUUCCAUCUAAAAGAACGCCAUGAGAGACAACAACAAGAGAUGCUUGGUGCCCGACACCGACUCUGAAUUCCAGGCGCAGCAAUGCGACAGUCCGCAGGACUAUACCGUGCAAUCGGAGUAUAGUCUUCACACGGAGCUGUCGAUCAACAACUCCAGCUCGGAGUCCGCACAGAAAAAGAAGCGAUCCUUGAAGCGCCUGUGGUCCGAGGUGCAGCACGAACAGAUUUCCACGUACCCAUUGCAGCAGCAAAGUGGUGAUGGGCUGAUUUUGGCCUUGAUUCGGACGAGAGACCAGAUUUUCUUCGAUUGGAGCAUCACCGAGGAGACUGCGCAAGAGGUCCUACAACUGGUCCUGGUGCUUCUGCUUCACGCUGCGGCGUUGUUUCUGCAGUUUGGCUUGACGUAUCAUCUCUACGUCACCACCGUGGACGGUCUCUUUGCUCCCUUCGCCCACGGUGUGGAUGAGCAAAUCGAGGUCAUCAACCGGGCUCUUUUUGGCGAUCCCCCAACUGCUCUGGAUAUGGAAGAUCCGGUGCAGAAGAGCGCCCAGGAGCUGUGUCUGAAGCAACACUCCAUGGGUUUCGUGCACCUCAUGGUUCUUUCGCUCUGGGGUGCGCGCAUGGUGACAGAGGUGUCGGAGACGCUGAAUAAAGUGGCCAUUCUGAGUCUCAUUCUGCCGCCCAUUGAGGGCCGAGCCUUCAUCCAGGAGGGCGAUGGUGGCAAGAUGACCAUCGAACACAUGAGCUGGGGGAUGAAGGCAGUGGUCAUUGUGACCGACAUUCUUCCAAAACUCUUCUGCACCAUGUUUCUGAUGUGGACAGGUGGGAAACUCUUUAUGCUCACCUACACCAUGGGCUCCUUGAUCAUUCCCUUGCUGACACUGACCUACAUCCUGCAGAUUCCUGCCAUUCUCUUCACCGGUUUCUCCUCUUUCAAGUUCAAGGAGAAGGUGGAGUUGACGCACUAUCAAUAUCGAAUGGCUCUAUGCUACACCUCCCAGACCUGCCAGAUAUGGGGCCUCACCGUGAUUAAGGCUGCAGCCACGGGGAUGUAUGUCUUCAUGCUUUAUUUUGUGAUAUUUGGAGAUGUCACUGCGUACCGAAACCUUUGCAGUAGGUAUUUGAGCCUUUUCCCUCAGGGAAAGUGCAGCUUUGGUUGCCACUUGGGUAUUUCAAAACUCACAGGUCCUCACAAAGCCGGCUAAGCCGGGUUGAGUUAAAUGAAACCUAUGCCAUUUGCACCGGAUGAACCGGCUGCAAUUGCUAGCCAUGCUGUAGGCUGACAGUAAAC